GAGUGUGAAACGGUGUCUGAUUGGACAUCCUGGGGGUCCAGCGCAGUGGCCCGACGCCAACCGCUUGGUUAACACCAUUUGUAUGAAGCUUUGUGCUUUACACAAGUCGUCAACCAAGAAAGAUGGAGUUUGCAUCCCCAGGUGGUCUAAAGUUAUUUCAGAUUACCACCACAUCCGAGAGUUGGUGGUUAACAAUCCAACCCUGAUGGAUGAAACAACGAUCCAGCUGUUUGAGAUAAACCAUAGGACACUCACUCAGUGGUUUUGUAAGUGGAAGAAUAGACUGGAAAUGGGCGUCCUCGGUCAGGGUCUGACUCCAUCUAACCCAAUUGCUGUGGCUGAUACACACCUGCCUCCACCGAGGGAAAAAUUGAAUGAAGUACCAUCAACAUCAGGCCCAAAACAUCAAUUUUUCCUUCCACCAAAUCGUGAAGGACAGGCUCCUCUUCUGCGACCAGGUCGAAAGCCAGCUGCUGCCACCAGGGAGCUUCCCAUCGCACCUGCCUCCACAGCAUCAGGAGUUGUGCAGCCCAUUUUAGCACCCAUCGCACCUGCCCCCACAGCAUCAGGAGUUAUGCAGCACAUUUUAGCACCGGGGUUGUCGUUUGGCACAGUAGUCUUUAAUCCAGACAUGACUGUGUCAGUGGUGAUUCCACCUUCUGGUGCUUCGACAUCCAGUGCAGUCCCAGCUCCCCCUGCUCCGGCGUCUGCUGCUCCUGUGUCCCGUUACACCCAAAGGAACAGGCGCCGACGGGCUGUGGAGAAUGAAAGUGGUGUCCAGAAGAGGAAGUAUGUGCGAGGGGUUACUUUUAACACGUGCAGCAAAUGUGGGCAGCCCAAAAUGAAAGAGUUUGGCCAUAGCCGAUAUGGUAAUGCCACAUUUUGUUUGCGUGCCUCAAAUGGCAAAUCUUUAGAGGAAUGGUUGGCAGAGCAGCGCCAGCAAGAAAGAUGUCAAACUCCACCACCUCAAUAAAUAACAUCUUUCCUGUAUAUAUUGUACAUAUUUG